AAUAAAGUACUUGUUGUCUUGAGAACAGUUUAUUCUACAGUUACUGGUUACAUUAACCGUGAGUUUGGACGAAACGAAAAUUCAGACAUGAAUUUCCACAAUCCUAAUAUUUUGAAUUCAACAAUCCGUCUUACUGAGUUGUACGAUGUUGUAUCAUCAGAGGGAAUUCGCACCGCACAAUUCAAGACUGGUGUUUUGCUGCACGUGUGUACAAAAAGAUUGAGGACAUAUCCACACUAUCCCAACAUAGUUCCAUGUAUCCAUGCUGCAGGCGGUUACGUGGUGCAUCACACAGCUUUCACGAUUGUGGCUGAGUGGGUGGAGGAGAACGUGCAGCUGAGUGACACCAUAUCUCAGGUUGUCCAGUGUGCUUUCAAAAUUCUGGAAGUGUACAAACUCCACAGUCGACCCAUCAAAAUAGCAUUAUCAGCUGGGACGUUCGCCAAAAUGAGACUAGGAGAUGAAGAGCAUCAGGUUUGUGCUGUCAUUGGCCCGGCUGUGGAAGAGAUACGAUCGGCUGAAGCGCUGCUCGACCAUGGCGACUUCAUUCUGUGCCCUGAAGCAUGGCGGCACUGCGACAGACAAAACCUUACUGUCGAAAAUAUUGAAAAUGAAGAAGCUGUCAAGGUGCAAUACAGCAAGGAACAGCAAAGUGUCUCGGUGGAAGACCGGCGCCGUUACAACGUUGACAUCCAUAUGCCGAGAAACCUGAAAAAAGCAUACCUGUUAACAAAUGUUGAGAGAGACCGUGUCAUCCGUAAGUUUAUGAUGCAAACAGCCCUGAACAAGAUACAUGAAAACUGGCAAUGGACAACCCUCCCAGACAUAUGGCCUGCUACCAUCAUGUUUGUGAAUCUGCAAUUCGUGCAGACUCGGACGGAUCUGGGAUUCAGUCGUCAUAAAGGCAGUGAAAUUAUUGCAGAGCAAAUGUUCAGCUGCCGUGGGGAAAUCUGCAACGUCUUCUUUUUUGACGAGGGCUGUAUCUUUGUGUGUGCUGUUGGCUUACCUGGGGAUAAGAGACCGGAUAAGACUGCUCAAGCACUGCAGGCUGCCUACCGGAUACAUGAGACGUGCCGCAAAGAAAUCGACAGUGUUUUGGGUAUCUCUAUAGGUGUAGCUACAGGAAGAGUCUUGUACGAGUUUGAGCAGACUCCUUUGAGAAAAGAAUACAGAGUGUCCGGAGAGAAAGUGUAUCUGGCUGCAGACUUGUCGAUGGACUACCCAGGGAUUGUGUCAUGUGAUGUAACGACCAAACUUUACUCCAUGCUGCCUCUUUCAACCUUAGUGCCUCAAGGGAGGAUCAGUCAGCUUGAGAAUGUGUGCUAUCGUGACGAUAUAAAUCAGAUGCUUGCUAAUAAAGCUGCCGUAUCAUCCGGGGGGAUUGAUGGCAGGCGAUUGGCUUUAGCUAACAUGCAGACAAUGGAGCCACUUGAGGAGAUGGUGGUGAAAUAUGCCUCUGCUAUUGGCUACACCUUCACCAUUGAGAUGCUGAAGCACAUGCUUCCUCAUAUGAGGGAACAUGAGCUCGCAAUCCCCCUAAGAUCACUGUUUAGAGCGGGCAUCUUCAAGUGUUCCUCAAAGCCCAGGAACGUCUCAUUAACCCAGACCUGUUACUGUGAGAACAUCUGCAAAGAGUACACUUGGUUCUCAAUGGAUCCUGUGUGGACGUGUCGGCAGAUGAGUUUCUGCAACAAUGAUGAAAUGGAGAUGGUACAUAAGCUGACAGAGAGGAAUAAGGGCCUACUUUGUUCGAUCCACAUGACAUGUGCAAACUACCUGGAGAAAAAGACCUACCGCUGCAGCAAGUGCGAUGACAGGAGUUUCAUAUUUGAACACAAAAGAGCCACAGAUGACAGUAGCGAGCAUCUCCAGGAGAUCUACAAGGCAAUACGGCCUUAUGAGAUCUUUCGUAGCCAGGGCAUUUGCUCUCGAAAUCAGGUGUACCCAACUGAAAGAAAUUGUAAUGAUACAAAGAACAUCCUGGCCAAGGUGAAUUCAGUACCGAUGGAAGUGCGUCAUAGGAUGACUGCAGGCAGCUGCGAGUGUGCUCAGCUAGUGGAGACAGUACUCAUCCCUAGAGUGAGACACUGGAGGUUUGCAGGAGACGUGCCCAGGACAUUUUACUACCUGUUGGAGAGUGCAGCUGCCUGUGUAUAUCUUCAGAAUGAUCCUAGGGCGUUGGAGUAUUUGACUGAGGCCAGGUCCAUUCUAGAAAAUUUAAAAGGAGGGAGGUCUGCGUUUCCGUCAGCAGAUCCUGGAGAAGUAAAAAUCUGUGAAUUUCAGCAAGCAUUUAUGCAUCGGCUCACGGGAGAGAUUCAGUUUAAAGCAGGGAAAAUUCUGGAGGCAGAAGAGAAUUUUAAGAAAGCCUUGAAGAUCCUGAACUGCAAACUGCCUCGCAGUUCUGUUGCACAAUCCUUUAAGCUCAUAUACGAAAAGAUGAAGAAACUCCAUUACCGGUCCAAACAGUUCCAGAUCCCAGAGAAAAGAAAGCUGGACCGUCUGCAGGAAUGCAUUGAUUGUCUGUCUUUCCUGUGGCAAAUCGGCUGCAUGUGUGGCCAGCUCAGGAGUGCAUCACUGGCCAUCACCAUGGAAAUCAAUCUUGCCUUCCAGAGCGCCAGUCCGUUCAAGAUCCUCUGCUCCGCCAUCGACUAUCUCAAGUACAGUCAGUUUAUUGGCGAGGAGAGUGAGUGCAAGCGUCUCGAAGCCUUCCUGUGCAGGACUUGUGCCAGCCUGUCAGACCAUCCUGAGGGACGGAGGCUGAUCAGCCGCUUGACUCCAACCCUUGCCGCCGUUAAAAUGUGCACAGGGGACCUGGAGCAGUCCAUCGAGUGCACUGUUUGAGCUCAGAAGCUGGGUGAAGUUCUGAACAGACCCGGUUUGGACAUGAGGACAACAGUUGCAUUAGAUCUUCCUCUGCUCCUCACUGACAGGAAUUGCAUUCAGACCAUUCGAGGAGUGUUUGGCAUUUGUGGAAGAGUCUCGGCCAGAUGUGAACCUGAAAAGAGUCUGAUGCUGCAUCUUUACUCUGCAGUGGCUCUGUGGUAUGCACGGCUGGCAAAUUGGGAAAAGUUUGCAGUCCUCUUUGAUAAGGCGUAUAAUGUUUAUGCUCAGAUUCCAACCUCCACUGAGUCCAUCAGUGGUGUGGUCAUGCUCCUGGAGUGCAGCGUCCUUCUUUUCAGGAAAGAACUGACUGAAUGCAACCGUCAAAGAAGUAUUACUUUAAAAGAGCACAAAAGGUUUUUUUUUUUAAAAAGCUUUCAUUCAGAUUUUUAAAAAUGUGUGGCAUCAGAACUGAGACAAAAACGGAUAACAGUCUUUUACUGUGAACCUGUAUGGAGAGUUUUGUUAACUUGGUCUAUUUGUGUGUGUGUGUAUAUAUAUCUAUAUCUUGUGGUGAGACACAAAAAAAAGAACACUAAACCAAUAAAAGUAAUAAAAGCACUGGUGUUUUAA